GUCCAUUCGAAAAUGACAUAUACAAUCAACCUAAGACUCUUACUAUAGGGACUCUAAUUCGGGGUUUGCCUUUGUCCAUUAUUCUAAGUCAUUCUUACCGACCGAAUCUUUAUUGUGAUAUUGCCUCCCUCUAAGACGAAAAUCCAUAUAAAAGAAAGAAAAAACUUUAUUACGUGUGAGAAGAAUAUUUGCACACGACUACAAACAUGUCAACCGAUGUGAAUAUGCAGGCUGAAAAGUCCAAUGGAGAAGCAAGUGUCGAUAAAACCGAAGAAGAAGAGGGCAGAUCAUCUAAAGACCUGCAUGUGCAAGAAGUUGGUCCUAUUUAUGGAGGUUGUGAAGGCCCAAAUGCUAUGUAUGUGAAACUGGUCAGUAGUGAUGGACAUGAGUUUAUUGUUAAAAGAGAACAUGCAUUAACAAGUGGUACCAUCAAAGCUAUGUUAAGUGGUCCUGGACAGUUUGCAGAGAAUGAAGCUAAUGAAGUUAAUUUUCGAGAAAUCCCGUCUCAUGUGUUGCAAAAAGUCUGUAUGUAUUUUACUUACAAAGUGCGCUACACGAAUAGCAGUACAGAAAUACCAGAAUUUCCCAUUGCACCCGAAAUCGCUCUAGAAUUAUUAAUGGCUGGUAAUUUCUUAGACUGUUAAACAUCAUUUGUAUUGGUCUAUUUUAGUAAUUAAAUUACAAAAACAAUGCAGCUUUAUUAUGAUCAUAUGAAUGUGUUUACAUAUUGUGAUACUUUGGAAGUUCAUUUUGGAGCAUAAUAAUUGAGCAUAUCGAACUCUUGUACUAGUAGUGACAUAGACAUUUUAAUGCUACAAGACAAUGCAAUCUUGAAAUCUUACAUUUAUAUAUUCUGAAUAUUUCACUUGUAUGCUGUUUGUUAAUUUAUAGUCAAAGUAAUAUUGUAAUGUGUGUAUGUGUGUGUGUGUGUACUACACAUACACAUAUGAUAAUUACUGAUAAUGGAUUUUCCACACGCAUUUUCCGCGCAUACAUGUGUGUGUAUAUGUAUAUAUAACUUAUACGCAUCAUUUCAGUAAAAUUACCAAUAGCAUUAGAAACAAAUUAAUAUUAUGUAUUAAAUCAUUAACCCUAUAAUUGUUAUAUUUUAUAUUAUGCUACAUCAAAUGUAUGAGUGUGUGUGUGCGCGGGCGCGUAUAUAUAUAUAUAUAAAACAUAACUAUAUUUCUUUUUUCAAAUAUAAAUAUUUAUUCUUAA